AUGGCACAGGCUAUCAUUCCAGUAGGAGGCAGACAAACUAUACCAAGUCUGUUCUAUAUAUUCUCGUAUGGUAUAUUUUCGCAGGAGGCCGACUUAUGCCUACGACGCUUCAUCUGGGAGUUUACUGCCGGGAAGUCGCAGAAAUUUUCUAAUACUCUGGCACAAGAAGCUAUCGAGGAAUUACUCACUGGGGAGCGCAAACAGUCAUUUUCUCGGGAUCCAGAUAAAACGCCAAAGGCGGAUAAAGUAAAGAGAACCCUAGACUAUUCAGGAGAUUCUUUCCAC